AAGCUUGUCAGCAAAGAUACUUCAGUAAAAAGAAGGGUCUUGUUUUUGGCCCCACGUUGUUGUCAACACUAAAGAAGUCUCAUCGUUCAGCUUUUGCUUCUUCCUGCGUUGUCUCCAUGUCGAUCCACGUGCGCUCGCAGCUCUUUCUCAUCCGCCCGCAGUCGCUUAAGCUCGGGACGCGCGCCAUGUCGGUGGGAAAGAAGUUGCAGAGCCGCAGCCAGGUGUUAGCACUUCGAGUGCCGGCGCGUGCUCUUCCCCGCAAUCCGCAACUAGUGGUGGCGGGCGCCGUGCUGAGCGCUUCGGUAUCGCUAUUGCUGAAGGAGUCGGUGCUGUGCCAGGACGCGAUGGUGCUCGCAGCCGCGGAGGGGCCAUCGGGCAGUGGUGACCCCAAGAAGAAGGACGACCCUGUGGAGAAGAUCAUCGAUGUGGUGCUGUCGAACUGCGGAGAGCUCACGCUGGCAGGCGGUCUGGGUUUCUGCUCAGGCUACGCGCUCAAGCAGGUGGGCAGGGCCGCAGCAGUGGCGGUGGGUAUCGUCUUCGUCAUGGCGCAGGCGGCCGCCUACAACGGCUACAUCGACAUUAAGUGGGGCAAGGUGCAGAAGGACAUGAUCGCCAAGGUCGACCCCAACGGAGAUGGCAAGAUCGACAGCGAGGACGUCAAGCUCUGGUACAGGAAACUGCUCAAGAUCAUGAAGACGAACCUGCCGUCGUCCGCAGGUUUCUCCAGCGGCUUCGCACUUGGUGUCUACUACUCGUGAACACUGUGCGUAAGUCAGUGAGAUGGUCGUCUUCUCCUUCUUUAUAGUAUGAUGUUCCUAUGUCAAGACAACGUGGUGGUGGACCAUUUGUGACAAAAAAUAAACAUCAGAUUGCUACAAAAAUGGUUGAACCUUCCGCCCUACUCAGUGGGGAAAGCCUUGGCUAGAAACCCGACAAUAAUGGAGCGGUCGUCUGCACUCGUUACACCCAUGCUCUUGAGCUCGCGUGAAAACGCUGGUACACUGCUGAUCCCGUUGCUGAUAAGGUUGAGUCCUAGGGUGGCGUACAGGAUGAUCUCUGGCCGCGUGAACGAUAAAAACGUUUGCUUCGCGCUCUCGGAGCACGUCGGAAAGCAGUCCUGCCACAUCUUCUCCCGUAAUCGCGACUUCAUGUCGUUAUCCGCCACCUAAGGUGCAGCCAAGCACAAACAUGGGGUCAUUAGACAUUUGCUAUCCACAGAAACUCACCACUGUCCAAUAUCGUACCGACACAGGAAUGGGUGGGGGCAUCUCGGUUCCAUCUUGCUCCGUCUGCAAUAGCAAACACACACGAGUGUAUCAGCAACAGAAGCGUACAUUAUAAGCCCAUGGCUUGCCGAGAAAGGGGGCGAGGCCCUACCGACAAGCCAGCUGUGCGGAGCUCGUGGGCACGGAGAUGGAAUCCCCGUGCGGUCAACUGCGUCGCCUACAGCAAGGACAGCACCAGCCAACCAACGACCACAUCCCAAGUGGGUAAAUCGUUCCAUGCCCAAGCAACAAAAGAUCAUCCAACACUACAAGAUGCAUUCGCUAUCGUUUCGUACCGUCGGGUCCUUCUCAAUGUAGAUUCGGUAUGCUUCAUUUGUCCGCAACCGCGGUGUGUACAGCUUGGUUUUCCACUCCUGCCAACAAUUGAUAAUAUUUUUUUAAUCCUCUG